GGUGUUUAUGUAAGUCUCCCGCUCUUUGAUAGAUUCAAGUGAACUAUAUUAGAAUUAGAAUGCAAUUAUUGCAAUUCCCCGGGAAGUGCUUGUAAUCUUGAUAAAAACCGCACCCUACACAACAUCAAACACUUAAGCUGAUAUCAAAUCUGUACAAUCAAUCGUUCGUGAAGCAUCCAUCCUGUAGUACACGCAAACGCAACUAAGCUAUUCAUUUUGAAACGACGUUCUACAGGUGAGCAUCCACCAGCCACGAUCUCCAUCGCUUCUCGGAACGAUGCAACAAUGGCUCAAAAUUUCACUGAUGCUGUGUACCUUCGGGUUUCUCAAGGAAAUUCGUCCUAGCGAACCGUUCAUUGUCGACUAUCUGGCUGGACCAUGGCGCAAUCUCACGAUGACCGAGGUCAUCCAAGAAGCAUUUCCCAUUGGAACUUAUUCCUACUUAGCUCAGCUGGUUAUCAUAUUUCUGAUAACCGAUAUGCUUCGAUACAAACCACUUAUCAUAGUGAAUGGCCUCGCAGGGGUCAUUGUCUGGAGUAUGCUGCUGUGGACAACCUCGUUGCAAGCACUCAAAAUAUUGGAAAUCUUUUACGGUACUUACUGUGCAGCUGAAGUCGCGUACUUCAGUUACAUCUACGCCAAGGUCGAUAGAGAGCACUACCAGAAAGUGACUUCGCAUACCCGUGCUGCUAUCUAUAGUGGCCGAUUUUUCGCCGGGGUACUUGCCCAAAUUUUGGUGUUCUUUGAGGCGAUGGACUACAGGGAGCUCAACUAUCUAUCAAUGGCAGCUCAAAUCUGUGCCACAUUAUGGGCCUUGUUCUUACCUUCCGUCAAAACUAGUAUGUACUUCCACCGAGCUACGCUACCACCGACAGUAGGUUCUCAGGCUGAUGAAAAUUUGUGCGACAAUGAGAUCUGUGACAAAAAACGCAUAAAAUCGCCACCAUUCAAAAAGAAACUUAUAUCGGCAUUCGUACUCAUAUGGAUGCACUUCAAAUCGUCUUUCACCAAUCUUACCGUCCUUCAGUGGAGCAUCUGGUAUGCAUUGGCCAUGGCUGGUUACAUCCAAACAAUCGCUUAUGUCCAAGCGCUGUGGAGUGAAGUUGAUCCGGAUCAGCCACCAAUCUGGAAUGGCGCCGUCGAGGCUACGCUAACGCUCCUGGGGGCCGUGGUGUCCCUGCUGGCAGGGUACAUACAUAGUGGUUUCUUACAACCAAGGAGUAGUCUUUUCGCCCUCUCCCUGCUGUCCAUCGGGCAAGGGGGUGCAAUCCUGCUAGCAACAAUGACGAGUAAUCUCUAUAUCUCCUACAUUGGCUACAUUGUAUUUGGGGUGCUGUAUGCCUUCACCAUCACUGUUGUUAGUGCCGAAAUCGCGAAAAACAUUUCAGACGAUAGCUUCGGGCUGGUAUUUGGAUUCAAUACCUUGAUAGCAUUAUCGCUGCAAACGUUGCUGACCUUUGCCGUAACAGAUGCAGACGGUUGGUUUGCUCUAGAUGUGAUUGGACAAUUCACCGUUUAUGGUUACUAUUUUGUCGCUCUCAGCGUUAUCUACCUGAUAUUUCUGAUAGGGGAGGUUUUGAAUAGCUUGUGUAACACAAAGCUGUGAAGCUACUAGAGACUUAACAAGGCACUUAAACACUACAGUUCAAAACAUUAGGAAUAAUGUGCCCAAGAGGAAUAGUGAUUACCUGAGCUUAGUCAUAAAUUGCCCUUAUAACUGUUCCAUGUAGAUUAAGGUGGCUAAAAAAAACUUUUUCAAUUUUUUUGAAAAUGUAUGAAUUGAAUCGAAUUAUCUUUAUUUACGAGAUUUUCGGCCCUAGGCCGGUUCAUCUCGUAAGUGUAUGACGAAACAUCAAAAAAUAGUGAGUGAGUGGAGUUAGAUAGCACCAUUCACGAUUAAGGACUAUCAUGUCGCACUACACAUAACUGUUUCAUCUACCGUCAACUGGGGGGAAGAUGAUCAUUGAGGUGAAGAUGAUCAUUUGAUGUGUCAGUCGAAAGUGCCAAUUUUUUUUAUGAAACGGUAGUCAACAAUAUUCUCCGUUCAAGUAAUGUUACCGCUAGGUAGAAAUCCAAGUUUUUCGAUUAUAAUCAUGAAAAUGUAUUUUGUGGAAGAAAAAGAGAGAUAGUCAUAAAUGACGCUAUUUUCGUUUCAAAUAUUGACUUCUUAGACUUCUUUACGUAGUAAAUUCAACAUUCAUACAAAUAACCUAGUGUAUUAUGACUACUAGGUCAUAAUGGUUUUAGUAGAGCUGUCUUGAUCAACUUAACCCCAAACCAGAUUAUUCAAAAAAUGUGUGAUAAUUUAAUUUAUUUUAAUAAAUGCGAACGCAUUUCAGAAAACUAAAGUUGUUGAUUAUUGCAACGUAUAGCAGUACAUGUUUUGAAAAUAUUUGUUUCGAUUUAAAAUGUAAACACACAUUGUUAUUGCAAUGUUUUGUCUUAAAAAUGAUCAUCUUCCCCCCAGUUGACGGUACAUAAGAUUAAAAAAACAAACUAGCGUCAAUUUGUCCCACUAAUUUAUCGAUUGGAUCUGAAAAUUUUACUUAUAUUUUUGGAAUGUAAUGAGCGUAUGAAACAAUUUUUCAGAACAUAAUGCGGAUCACUACUUUUACCUAAACGUUUUUUCAGUCUCCAUUGUCAUCAAACGAAAGCUUCAUUUUUUAUCAGUGGAACAAAUUGUGUGUUUAAUUUUUUUUUCUUCAUAGGUAAAAUGAAACAGAAAUAAAUAAAGAAUGCUAUACUGAAAUCCGAAAAAAAAUAGAGUUUAUCCGGCAAAAUUGUUAGUAGGUAUUUUACUGAAGUGUCGUAUGGGUGAAUAUUUUACUUUUCUAGUGUAAAAAAAGUUCAAACAUACUUCAGAGAAAUAUAACGUCGCCGGGUGAACACUAAUUUUCUCGCCGAUUCUAGCAUAACAUUCUGUGUUAAAUUCUGCAAAAAUUGAAUGAGUAUCAUAGUUUUUCAUCUUAAUUGGUGCCAUCUAGAUUCAAAUUAUUAUUUUUCGAUGUUUCUACAUACAUUUUUCCAUAUAAACUUUCAAUGAGUUGAUGCUGCGCUAACGUUGACCGAUUUGACUAAAAUUUUGCCAAGAGCACGAGGGCAUCAAAUUAAACGAAACAAGAAGGCGACUCAUAACAAAUGAAAUAAUGUAAUAACAGGGGAAGCCCAUCCCGAGCAAAGCUCAAGAUCAAAUCGAUUACUUGUUUUGUUGUGGAAUCGCUGAUUUUGAUUACUCAGAUAGAUAUCUUUUAGGUCGUUGUAACGGUUAAAUA